GGCGCACAGAUGGUACUGUAGCCACUCCCCCUCUAAUUAAUCCCAUUCCCCCAUCCCGUCUCCCUUCCCCCGGUCAUUCGUGCUUCCACACCUAGCUUGUGUGGCAGCAUUUUUUCUAGGCUCCUCUUGCUUCUUCUUCUGUUCUCGAGCGACCCCCGUUCAUUCCCGCUACGAUGCCCAAGGCCAAGUCCAAGUCGCGCCGGAGCCCGCGUUCCUCCACACGGUCGUCUUCGACAGCUUCCGAGGCACUGGCCGGAGGGAGCAAACCCCGUCCUACGGAGGAAAUCGACAGUUCUUCCUCCGAUUCAGAGGAUCCCACUCGCAAAGACAAGACACGCCGUGACCCACCGCGCUUUCUGGACAUUCCCCCUCCCUCCGACAAGAACCUGGAGCAGUCCCAUCAAGCGCAGAUCCUGGCCGCCAUCACCCGCCUAGAAGAGCGACAAUCGUCGGUGGAUCUCAGGAUACAAUCACUCCAAUCCGAGAUCCGUGCUACCAGCAAUCCAACUUCCGCAUCACCGGCCAUUUCCUGGCGCCACGAUUCCAACAAGUACAACCACAACUUUAACACUAAGAUCCAGAACCAACUCCAACAGGCGCGUGCGACCAAGUCAGCGGACGAAAAGGACAAGAUCCUGGACCAAGCUAUAGGAGGAGCUACCGACGAACCCUUUCCAAAUUCUUCACUACACCUUGGCACAAGCGGUGCCCGUUUUUAUUGGCUGACUGUUGUCAGUUACUUCCGUCUUGUACGUUUAUUGGCAUGUUAGAUUCCUCGCCUUGAGACGCUUACUCGCGCGAAGGAUGUGGCGCACACCUACGUGGCACACCCAUUCGGGCGAGUUUGCUCGGACUGGCUCACCUCCUGUUCUGGCACUUUUUUAAUUAGUUGGUUAAAA